CUGCCAUUGCUGGGAAGUGAUUGUUUAAUCAGCGUUGAGAACACAGUCUAUGUCCCAUUGAGUGCAGCAUUAUCCACCAGCGAGGUUAGAAAUGGGACUGGUCAGGAUUGCUGCCUUGAAUCUCUUCAUUUUUCUUGUGAGUGGUGAAAGUGAAAAUGAUGGCAUCACAUGUAAUCCCAACAUCACAAUCAAAGGUGGGAGGAUCACACUGUCCAAUGGUGGGGAAGUUGGGAGCAUCUUAAGGUACAUUUGUCCCUCCGGGUUUUAUGCAUAUCCAGUACCAAGCCGGACCUGCAGAAGAAAUGGCCAAUGGAGUUUAAUGAGAAAUGACCAUGGACGGAUCAUUUCAAAGGCAGAGUGCAGAGCAUUCAAAUGCCCGACGCCUUCGAUUGAACAAGGAGCAUUCUUUCCAAUCAGCGUGUCAUAUGCCGUGGGUGACACUGUCAGCUUCGAGUGUGAUGAUGGAUACAGCCUAUGGGGCUCAAAGAACAGAACCUGCCUGAUCAAUGGAAGAUGGAAUGGGACCACAGCCGUAUGCCAGGGUGGAUUGGACACUUGUCCUAAUCCUGGCAUUCCAGCAGGAAGCUCGAAAUCUGGGACUAACUAUGGUUUCAAUGACAAGGUCAAAUACCUGUGCCUCCACAAUCUUGUUCUGAUUGGUUCAAAGGAGAGGAUCUGCCUGGAAACUGGCGAAUGGAGUGGAUCGGAGCCUGUGUGUCAGCACAUAUAUUCCUUUGACCUGCCAGAGGAAGUGGCUUCUCAUUUCUCUGCCUCAUUUUCACGCUUUCUGAGUGAGUCAAAGAUUAACUCCGAGGCUAAGGAGCAAGAUGGCAGCCACGGCAGGAAACUCAUACUGGGGCAAAAUCAGAAGCUUCAUAUUUACAUUCUGCUUGAUGUUUCUGGAAGCAUUACAAAAGAGGAUUUUCAGAACGCCGUUGUUGCUGUGACCCAAUUUGUCACCAUGAUCAAACAGUUUGAAGUUGGGGUCAGUUAUGGACUGGUGAUGUUUGGCUCUCGGACACAUGUGGAGAUCAAUAUUGCUCAUGAUGAUGUGAGCGACUCUGAUUCUGUUCUCCAAGUACUGCCUACUCUUAAAUAUGAAGACGUCACAAAGUACAGCAAUGCAGGAACAAACAUGACCGGAGCUUUGAAAACAGUUCUUGAAAUGAUGGUUCUGCAGAAGGCAGCAAUGAAGAACAAACAGGUAGAAUGGAGGGAUGUCCGACACGCCAUCAUGAUCUUCACUGAUGGGAGGAACAAUGUGGGAGGAAACCCCAAACCGAUGAUGGAUCGCAUUCGGCAGUUCCUGGACAUUGAGAAUGUUGGAGAAGACUUUCUCGAUGUCUAUGUGUUUGGGCUUGGCAGUGAUACUGACAAAGUGGAGAUCAACUCAAUCGCAUCUCAGAAGAAUAACGAGAGGCAUAUGUUUUUCAUGCAGAAGGAGGAGCUAACAACUGUCUUCAACGCGAUGCUGGAUCUUACUUCAGUAGGAAGCCUGUGUGGUUUCGCCAAUAAAAGUUUAACUGCAAGCGAUCAGAGUUCCUAUCCGUGGUAUGCAGAAAUUCGCAGUAAUGAAAAUCCGGACUUUCGGUGUUCUGGAUCCAUUAUAGGGGAUCAAUGGAUCCUAACAGCAGCCCAUUGCUUCGAAUAUCUGCCUGAAGGAAACACUGACAGCAGAGUCAUUUUUGUUGGAGCUUCCAAUACAAAGGUACAACUCGAAAUAGACAGAGUCAUAAAACACCCAAACUACAACCUGACUGGGAAGGUGGAGAUGGGCAUCCAGGAGUUUUAUGAUUAUGAUAUUGCCUUGGUUAAGAUAAAGUCAAAAUUGAACUUCUCAACAUUCAUCAGACCGAUUUGCCUGCCAUGCACAGUGGACACCAGUGUUGCUUUGAGGAUAUCUCAGACCAAACCAACUUGUGCUGAUCAUGAGAGAGAACUGCUCCCAACUUUGGGAACUGUUAAAGCCAAGUUUAUUCAGAAAACUUGGAAACAUGAACUGAAAAACGUGAGGAUAAAGACUGGUGCAUCGGAAAGAGCUUCAUGUGAGCAGGACGCUAUCAAAGCUGCCAUCUAUGUUAACGUGAGCAAUGUCAAAGACGUGGUCACUGACCGCUUUCUAUGCACAGGAGGAAGUAGAAAGAAUCCUGAGGUCAUCAGUUGUAAGGGAGAUUCAGGAGGACCGUUGUACGUUCAGAAACUAUACCGAUAUAUUCAGGUGGGAAUCGUAAGCUGGGGAGUCGUGAACCUGUGUGAACAAUCCUAUCUACCAGACCACGCCAGAGAUUUUCACAUCAAUUUGUUCAAAGUGAUGGACUGGUUGAAGCAGCACCUGGGCAACAGCACCAGAUUUCUGGACCAGUAGGAGGCACGCUUCCCUUCCAGGUAGCUGAAGGGAAUCCAUUGCUCACUGAAAACACUGCUGCGUUUUUAGAUACAUCUCACUUACCAUGUGGCACUGUGAUUUUCUCUGAGCUGUUGUUGGGCCCAAAUCAAUAGACACAUGCAUUAUAUACACACACACAAAAUACCUGCAUCAUGGGAGCAAUUCCCAGCCGGAGGAUUUUCCCGUGCUGGCUGGAAUCCCAUUAUGGCCCAGGAAUCUCUCAUUUCUGCAAAUCCCUGAAGAAUGACCACUGUGUGACUUUCGAGUCACACCUGGGGUCUCCCAACUCUUUAUAAUCCGAACUUUCAGCUCAGGCUAGAAUUAUCCUAAAAUCUCAGCAGUAUUUAUACGUACUCCAUGCACUCAGUUGUAGCUUGAGUGUCAGCUAGCAGCACUAAAACAAGCAAGUUGCCUUGAUGCGGACCAGCACUGGAGUUCAAAUCACCCAUUCUUACAGCUGUGCAGUCCUUAGCAAAUUGCAAGUUCUUGUCUCUACUCUGCGAGUGAUUUAUGGACUAUUUCCUCUGCCAAGUAUGUUUCCAAUGUUUCAGUUAAAGAUAAAGACAAUCAGGACAUUUUAGUAAAAAAGAUUCUCAACUUCCAAUGUGGCACAUUGAUUAACAUAUUCAGUUGAUGAGCAUUUGGUUUUAUAAAAGAUCAAUAAAUACUUCAUUCAAAUGA